AUGGCAAACAAGGGCCCGUCGUAUGGUCUUACCCGCGAAGUGCAGAACAAGAUUGACAAGAAAUAUGACCCAGAGCUGGAGGAAAUACUGGUGGAGUGGAUCAUAGCCCAGUGUGGACCCAAUGUGGGUCGGCCAGAGUCGGGCAGACCUGGCUUCCAAGAGUGGCUGAAGAAUGGAUGUGUGCUGAGUGAGCUCAUUAACAGCUUGAGUGCCCCCAACAAGCCAAUAAAGAACAUCAAGCGCUCCGGAAUGGCCUUUGCUCAAAUGGAGCAAAUCUCACUGUUCCUCACCGCAGCGGAGAAAUACGGAGUCACCAAAACAGACAUAUUCCAGACAGUUGACCUCUAUGAAAGCAAGGAUAUGGCAGCUGUCCAAAGGACCUUGGCGGCUCUGGGUAGUUUGGCUGUCACAAAGAAUGAUGGGAACUACAAAGGAGACCCCAGCUGGUUUCAUAAGAAAGCCCAAGAGAACAGGAGGGAUUUUUCUGACGAGCAGCUGAGCGAAGGCAGGAACGUCAUCGGCCUGCAAAUGGGCACAAAUAAGUUGGCGUCCCAAGCUGGCAUGACUGGUUACGGGAGACCCAGACAGAUCAUCAACAACAACCCAUAA